CUCGUCUUUCUCUGCAACUUUUGUUUACAGCCUUUGUCUCUGCUCUCUCUCUCUCUCUCAGUCUGGGCUUUGAUUCCAUUUCGUAUGUACUUUGCGUAGAUAAUCCCUUCAGUUCCGCUGAUCUUCAAGUUGAUGUUUGCGUCUGAUUACUUGGAGAUUUUGCUGUUGUAUCUUGGGGAACAAGUAAGAUACUGAGCGUUUCGAAGCUUCUCGCAUGGCGGUUUUCAUGGCGCUGAGGUAGGGUUUAGGGGGAGCGAGAUAUGGAAAGCUCAUGGGUGAUGAACGGCGGCUCUACAUUUCCUCCGGCGACGGUGGCAACCGCUUCACCGGCAUCGGCGCCACCGAAGCCGCGAAAUCAGGAGGACACGACUUUGGGCCGCUCCACCUAUCCACAUUGUGCUCAAGGUUCAAAAUUUAUGUUUCAUGGAAAGACCCAAGAGGCUGUGUUGCGGGGACCGGGGAGCUCAAGUUUGUCUGUGUCAAGCAAUGAAGAGCGUGGAAAUUCCACUGUAGCUGUUCUGCCGUGGCAUCAGUCACAAAUUCUGUCCGGUGAUAACGAGGCUUCCCAUCCUAGAGAUGCCUGUGGUUAUGGGAAACGUUCUGGUUAUGAUACCAUCGGACUCAGUCAUUAUGUAGCUGGGACUCAUGCAUUGCCUAUGGAUGCUCGAAAGAACCAUCGCACAGAAAUGGAAGGGGCAAAUGCGGGACCUGUAAUUUCUCAUGAUGUAACGGGUUUGCAUCAUGGUAGAAGGUCUGUUUCUGACGCUAGCUUCAGGGCUGGGAACCAGAGUACUGGGUGUUCGAGCCAUUCUAAUGCUGUAAUUCAUGAUAUAGCACCUGAACAAUCAUCCAAUUGGCCCCUUGUAUUUUGUUUGAAUAAAAGUGGGCAUCUACUUCUUAGCAAUAUUGGAUAUACUGUCAUCCUCUGUUUGUGUCACUCGUGGCCUAUGUCUGUGUCUGACUUCUGUGAGCAUUCAGGGUCUUCUGGAGUCAACCCAGGUAUUGCUGUUCAUCUAGAAAGUGGUCAGACUAUUGCUCAAUGGCGUAAGCUAUAUUUUCAAAAGCUUGGGACCAGGAUUAUUGAAGAUGAUAUGGGGUGGGACUGGCCUCAGGGAUUGUCAGCUGGUAUGGUCAGAUCAUGUGCAUCUACUUCCAAUAAAACCAAUCCCUCUGAUUUGGACACGCUGAUAAGGUCACAUGGAAGCUUCAUGAAACCUCCUCCACAUCCUGCAGAGAAGAUAUUUGCUCCCAAGCUCCUAGAAACAGGCCCAAACCUGGCUGAAACUCUGUUUGAUAGAGAAAGAAGAAUUCGUGAGUUCACUCAGUCCCUUCCAAGAGCGCUGAAUAAUACUUUGCAUAGCAAUUUUAAUUCAAUGUCUGAUAAUCAGAUACUCGAACAUGUGGCUUGUGGAAGGUCUUCACCAGCCCUGGCAGUUGAUCUAUCUGCAUGGGCUUACAGUGGUUCUGUUCUAAAUAACCGAAGUUUCCCUAGUUCAGAUUCCAAUCUCCACAGUUUGUGUGUCCCUGGUAAAAGCUACAAUAACAGUAGGCUGCCUGCAAAAGAUACUACGAUUGCAGAGAGGGAUAUUGCCUUCUCAAACAUAGAGCUGAAGCUUGGACAACCAUAUCAGAAGACCCAACCUUUAAGAAAUUCAUCCUUUCCAGUUGCUAGUUCGAAGCUUUUAGACAGAAAUGUUGAUCCAUCCAAUACAUUCUGCUCAGAACAAACGGUUCAUACUGUUGCCACUGGAGGGGAAAAGGAAGUGUCUGAGAAAUAUUUCCAUUGUGCUGCCGGUACACAGAUUUUCAUGAAAGGAAAAAAAGCAGUGCAAGUGGAUUCGGAAAAUUGUGCAUCCAGAACCUGCGGUGUUCCUGUCAUGUCCCAACUAGAAAAAUUGAAGAAUAUUGGCAUGACUUCCAGUAUGCCAUCGAUGGAACAUUUCAGUGUGUUUCCUGAGGGUUCUCGAAGCUCCAAAGGUGCUAUUAGUGGUCUCAGUAAGACAGGAUAUUUCUCUGAAGCGACAUGUAGUGGAUCUGAAGCAACCCGAUCUUGUCCAUAUAACAUCUCUUGGAAUUUGAUUGGUUUAGAGAGAGUACUAAGUGUGUCUGAUGGUAAUGGGCUAGUCAUAUCAAAGGCCAGGGAAGAUGGAGGGAGGAGUGAUCCCUCUGUUUUAAAUGCACUGCCAAAUUUUGUAGCUGAAGCUAGACACCAGAAUGAAAAAUCAUUAUGUUUGCACCAAGUAGCCCCUGGCAGCAGGGUUACUGGGUUUUGGGCUGUAGACUCGGGGACUGACGGUUUGCAUCAACCACCAGAUACGCGAGCAAUACUUGCUAAUUUAAGAAACAUACCUCAGAAAACUGGUAGAGCAGCUAGUUUUGAACUUAAUGCAUGCACCACUGGCCUGUCUGCCAUAUCUGCAUAUUUACCUGCAUGGACUGGGGCCGUUGGGCAACCACCACCAGAUUCGGUGAGCUCUCCUUCAGAUAAUACACCGCAUGUGCUCAGGUUUUUCCCUGCAUCAGUGAAACAGGAGAGAGAGAUCGGUAGCCCUUAUAUGCUCAAUGACCAAAUGAGGUUGCUUGCACAGAGGCAGAUAUCAGAUUUGUCCAAGCAACAUCAUGAAGUCUCUUCUGCUGCACAGAAUCAACAUUUAGAUGAUUUUCGGAUGCCCUCCAGUUUGAAUGGUCAACCUUCACUUAAUUACUCAACUAAGGUCAUAGAUCAAAUGCAUGGAACUCUUCUAAAUGACUAUCAAAAGUCUGUUGGAGUCCCUCCACCAUCAAAUUUGUCUGCUGCUACUAACAUCAGUUGUGUACCUGAAAGAGGUGAUACUCCAUUAAAACUGACGGACAAUUGCUCGCCAGCUCUUCUUUCAAGUAAAGCUCUCUUGAAUGAACAAGAACAAUCACGAGAUGAGAGAAAUGAAAUCACCAUGAAACCUGUUAAUAAUGGAAAGCACUACCAGAGACUAGCUUGCUCUUGUUUCCAAGAAAACUGCAGCUACCAUGCACAUAUGAAGCAACUGGAAGAAACUGGCGAGUCAAGACCUAGAGUUUCCUAUGGUUUAUCAAAUCAACAAGUGUCUUCUUCAAAAGUUCAUGUUGUUCCUAGUGAAAAGCCAUUUUCACUUGAUCAAAGAGGAAACCUUGAGCAGAAAUCACCUACAGGAAUUGUUUAUGAUUCUUCUCUCUGGAAGGAUGUGCCAAUGAAGCAGAAAGUGAUCUCUGAGGUGAAGCAUGUUGGGUGGUCAGCUGGUGAAUUGAGUGAGGACAGACAUGAGUUGGGCGAGGUCAGAGAUGCUGCUGCUAAACACCCGAAUUCAUCUCUGCAGAUCUCAACUGCUUCAAAAGAGCAGGCAAAUUCUAAUAUCUCUUUUAGAUCUCCAGGAUGUGCUGUUACACAAAUAUCUGUUGAAGGUAGUAACGUGGCUCAGCUUACCAAUGAUUUUGGAAAUACUGGAGCCAUCAGUAAUCCUGUAGUUGAUGAGGGAUCUGGUAUCCAAAAAUGCUGUACAUCGGAAGACGCUCUUGAAAGCGAAGAAAGUGUUGAAUUCAUGAGAGAAGGGCCUUCUAUAGUUUCGAAGAAUCAGCCAUCUCGUAGUCUUUUAGAUGAGCUUAAACUUAUAGAUUCCUUGAUCUGGAAGAAAGGGAGAACUCAGGUCCCCACUGUAUCUUCUGAAAUGGCGAGUCCUUCCAAACAUACUGUGAGAAUCUCCGAGACUGGGAAGCAAAAGAAUGUGAUAUCUUUACAUACAAAUAGUGUAAAAUUCUCGGAAGCCAUUGAAUUGCCCCCCUCCUGCACACUUGGAAAUAAGGAGGUAACCCAACUGACAUGCAAAAAGCCUCAUGUUGACCAGCCGGAUAUGUCCGGGCCAGUCACAGGAUCUGACAACCCUACUUUUUCUUCGACCAAGAGGAAACAGUUCAAGAGAAAACUGUGUGGAAUAAAUAAUAAAAGAGACAUCGAAGAUGACUACACAUCUGAACCUAGUGAUGGUGUUUGUGAAGACCCUCGUGGAAAGAUGCUAAAAAGAACUUGUCUUGAUUCUUGCAGAAUGUAUUUCUUCCCUGGAAAAGCUCAUGGCUCCUCCAAAAAGGCUACCAAUUUGAACAGUGAGAAUGAAUUUCCUAACCAUCGAGCAAAUUCCUUUUGCAGGAAAGCUCGCCCUAUUGUACAUGGGAAGUAUGGUGAACUAUUUCAAGGUAAAGUGGUUGGAGACAUUUUUAAGCCGACUAAAUUUCUCUCACUCAGCAGAAUUAUGAAAACCACCAGAAGAUGUUCCCUCGCUGGAGAUGGCGAAUCAGGAUUUCUGAAAAAGCCUGUAAAGAAUCAAUUUGGUGGAAGCCUUUCUAAGGUCGAUCCAUUUUCUGGACAUAGGAUCAUGAGUAAGAAGAGAAAGGCCAAAGAUUCACCACAGUUUGGAAUGAACAACAAUGAUUCAGCGGUUGAAGCUAAGAGACUGUACGCAAAGUGUAAUGAGCAAUCUGCUGAUAACAUAUCCAAACUUGAGGAAGAUGACAGCGAUGAAACCGAGAGUGACUAUAACAUUCGCAAAAGGGAGAAACAUGUUAAACUGAGGCCCAAACUUAAGGAAACUCGGAUUCGGAUUCGCAGUCUCUAUGAGUUGACAGGAAUAGAGAAAGAUUCAACUCUUGGAGGCAAUACCCCUGCGAAGGAUUCAGACUGUACUACAACAGUAAAGGAGGGAAAAUAUCCUGAGACCACUUGUAUUGGGAGAUGGCAAGAGCCUAUCUCGCAUGAGGCCAAUGAUGAAAUUACCACCAACGUCUUGGAGAGUUUGGCUGGUUGUGUUCCUUGUGCACUCUGCUCUGUUUGUGGGAACUCAGACAGUAAUGAAAUGAACUGUUUGUUGGAGUGCACCCAAUGUCUUAUCAAAGUACAUCAGGCUUGCUAUGGUGUUUCAAAAGUCCCCAAAAGUGACUGGUCUUGCAGACCUUGCAAGGAAAGCGCUAAAAACAUAGUUUGUGUUCUAUGUGGUUAUGGUUGUGGUGCCAUGACCAGAGCACUGCAGAGCCAAACAAUUAUAAAGAGUCUUCUGAAGGUGUGCAAUGUUGAUAUAGAGCAAGAGAAUCCUGUUACUUUACGUGAAGUUUCGACCGAUGGCAAUAACUGUGCUUUGAUUCCCAGAGGAUCAGUUAUUAAAGGUGUUUCAGCAGACGUUCUAAGACCUGAUAGUGCUGAACAAUCAACACCUACUCUAAUGAAAACGGAUGCAUUCAACCACUCAGAAAGUUAUGACUCCAUAGAAGGCGAUAUCAGGCACUUAAGGAUGCUAAAUAGUCUCAUUGAAGGGCUUACUGAUUCAAGUGUUAAGCAGUGGGUACAUAUGGUUUGUGGACUUUGGAUGCCGGGGACACGGUGCCCGAAUGUCCACACCAUGAGUGCUUUUGAUGUCUCCGGAGUUUCCUGUCCUAGACCAUCUACUGUCUGCUCUCUCUGUAAUCGACCAGGUGGCUCAUGCAUAAAAUGCAGGGUCCGGAGUUGUUCCAUUCAAUUUCAUCCCUGGUGUGCUCACCUUAAGGGUUUAUUGCAAAGCGAGGUCGAGGGUGAUAACAAUGAGAAUGUGGGCUUCUAUGGUCGAUGUUUAUACCAUGCAUCUACUGUGAAACAUGAUUCCGGUUGUGACCCGGCAGAUUCAAGAAUGGAUGACACAAGAGAACAGGGAUUAACCUGUGCUAGAAUUGAGGUCUACAAGGGUCGCAAGCAAGAUGGCUUCUGGCAUAAUCAGAAUGGCCAACUGCGAGAAAAGGGAGGGUGCCUUGUUCCUCAAGAACAGGUGAAUGCAUGGACCCACAUAAAUGGUAAAAGAUCUCGCCUGCAGGAGCUUUCAUCGAUCCCAUUGACAAUUGUUGAAUCUGAUUGUCGGAAAGAAUAUCUCAGGUACAAGGAAGCAAGGGGUUGGAGGCAUCUUGUAGUUUACAAGUCUGGCAUUCAUGGUCUUGGACUCUACACAUCUCGGUUCAUUUCCCGUGGAGAAAUGGUGGUUGAAUACAUUGGGGAGAUUAUUGGUCCACGAUUGGCAGACAAAAGAGAAAGGGAGUAUGAAUCAGGGAAAAAGGUGCAGUAUAAAGGCGCGUGCUACUUCUUCAGGAUUGACAAAGAAAAUAUCAUUGAUGCGACUUGGAAAGGCGGAAUUGCUCGCUUUGUUAACCAUUCCUGCCAGCCUAAUUGUGUUGCCAAGGUCAUAUCCAUCAGAAAUGAAAAGAAGGUUGUGUUUUUUGCUGAGAGAGGCAUAUACCCAGGAGAGGAGAUAACAUAUGAUUACCAUUUCAACCAUGAAGAUGAGGGUAAGAAGAUCACUUGUCUCUGCAACUCCAAGGACUGCAGACAAUUCUUGAACUGAGUUCAAGAAGCAUAUCGGUGUAUGUAUAGGUAGGUGUAUGAACGUACACAUUAUCUAUCUGUUGACCAACUCCCACUAAUUUGGACAAGCUUGUUCUGUGUGGACAAAGAGAACUAACUGCUCUGACCUUAUUAUACCACUACUAUUAUUGCUCUUACCAAUUUGCCUGGUCCUUUCGUCAUUGUAUUUUUUUCAAAUUUAUGAUUGGACCGACUCUUUGGGUUCAUUGUCACAGUAUCCAAAUAUCAUGUACUAAAAAGUAAAGUCAUUAUGAACUGAA